AUGGAAGAUGCUCCAACCUUAGUUUCAGGCUGGGCAUGGCUUCCAAGCAACAUUCUGGAUUUGAUUCUAGAAAAGUUGAUCCCAGUCUCUGACUAUAUCCGAUUUAGUGCGGUUUGCAAGCAUUGGCAAUCAGUCGCUUUAUAUCGCAAGAAGCAGCGCAUCAAAUCAUGUCACAAGCAGAUUCCUAUGCUCAUAAUUCCCACCAUAGACAAUAGCAGCGAAAGGCGUGGCUUGUAUAGUGUGACACAAGGUAAGACUUGUAGCUUUGAGUUGAAUGUGUAUUACAGUAAGAGGUUCUGUGGUUCUUCCCAUGGUUGGUUGGCUUGUGUGGAUGAGAAUCUGGUAGUAACCCUCUUAAACCCUUUUACCGGGUGUACCAUUAGCCUUCCACCAGUCCCCAAAUCCACUUGGAGAUCGACGGUAGCUUAUAGAUGUGAUUACUACAUUAAUAAAGUUGUAUUGUCUGCAGACCCUUCUUUUCUUCCUAAUGACUAUGAAGUAUUGGUCAUCUAUGAUGGCUAUGGGAAACAUAUAGCCCAUUUUAAAUCAGGGGAUGAUGCUUGGACUAGCAUAGAUCAAAUGAUCGGAUUCGAUGAUGUAAUUUAUUAUAAAGGCCAGUUUCUAGGUGUUAGUUUGGGUGGUAGUGUUUUUUCGAUGAAUGUUAGCAGGGAUCAAACUACUAAACCCCAUGUAAGCUUACUUGUGCCAAUGGAUCCAGGCACAGACAAUAAAACAUACCUUGUGCAAUCAUCCAAGGGAGAUCUUUUGCUGGUUAGGAAGUUCAAACGAGUAAAUUAUUGUAAGCGGUUUAUGAAGUCUCUCAACUUCAAGUUUUUCAAGUUUGAAAGGUUAAAUUUUGAACAAGUAAAUGGUUAUGAUCGUUUUACGGAGACUCUGAGCUUCAAGGUUUUCAAGCUGUUCUGUGCUCAUGGGGGAGAGACCCCAAUGGGGUUGAGAUUGAAACCAAAUUCCAUAUACUUCACUGAUGAUUGUGUGGAUGUAGAAUGCCAUAAACCUAAAGGGCCUCAUGACAUGGGUAUCUUCAACUUGGAAAACAAAAGCAUGGGAACACAUUACUGCUUGGAUCGUUCGCAGAAGCACAUGCCACCAGCAAUUUGGAUCUUGCCCUCUAUGGUGUGA